AUGGAGGUCACAGCUCUCUUCACACUAUUGCUGCUCGAAUUCACUCUGCUGAACAGUCACACUCUGAAAAGUGAUGCAGCUUUUCUUCGUAUCACUCCAAACAGACUGCAACACUUUAAAUCAGACUCUGUGUCUUUUGACUGUGUCGGGUCUGAUGCCUCAACUAAACUGAGAGUGUUCAGGGAGUCUAAGGAAAUUGAUCCUGCAUGUGAUAUUAAGUCACCAACAGGGUCGUCCUGCACCAUUGAGAGAAUCUAUCCAUCAGACAGUGGAGAGUACUGGUGUGAGACUGGAGGAGGAGAGAGAAGCAACAGCGCCAACAUCACUGUCACUGAUGGACCAGUGAUCCUGGAGAGUCCUGUCCUCCCUGUGAUGGAUGGAGACUCUGUGACUCUGAGCUGCAGGACUAAGACUAAUUUCACCAACCUCCAAGCUGAUUUCUUCAAAGAUGGCCGCCUCAUCAUGGAGAGCUCUGCAGAGAAGACCAUUAAAAGUGUUUCCAAGUCUGAUGAAGGACUCUACAGGUGCAGCAUCAGUGGUGGUGGAGGAUCCCCAGAGAGCUGGCUGGCUGUCAGAGAGCCCCACUCCAAAGCCCCCAACCCCCCGAAAGUCCUCUUCCUGCUGUGGAUCGCUGUCACGGUGUUGAUGUUGGCUCUGGUGCUGCUGCUGAUGGGUUUCCUUCAUAUCAGGAACCGCAGAGUGUGGGCUGUGGAGGACGCUGCAGACAAUCCAGACAGUGUGACACGCUGCAGACUCAGCUGA